AUGCCGUUCCUCUCAAAAGUUCAACGCCCCCGGUGGCUUUCCCGUAAAAAAAGUUCUGCUUCCAUAAUUGAAUCAGACUCGGGAACGCCAGGUCCCGCUGCCAGUUCUGAAGUUAGUAGGGAGCAGCGUCGUCAUUCAAAUAUAUCAAUACGGAACUCUAUUUCCAGUAGUCAACUCCUCGCGGAGAGUACGGAAAUACAAAGCUCUGUUAAUGUCAUUGGGCCUUCAGAUUCCAUUGAGAGUCCCCCUGCGAUUACACCGCCGGUUGUGAGUGACCCAGGUCGACCUUUGCCUCUCAUAAAACUUGAACCUGCUCCAAUAGAAGCUUUGAGGUCGGUAAAAUCUACGCGAAAUUGUCCAAUACCCUCAUCUACUCCCGAUAGGAAAAGUAUAGCCACUACUACUCCCGAUAGGAAAAGGGUAGUCACUAUUACUCCCGAUAGAAAUAGGGUAGCCACUACUACUCUCGAUAGGAAAAGUGUAGCCACCACUACUCCCGAUAGGAAUAGAGUAGCCACUACUACUCCCGAGAGGAAUAGGGUAGCCACUACUACUCCCGAUAGGAAUAGGGUAGCCACUACUACUAUAGCUAUUAAGUCCUCAACCCUAUGGAGCCAGGCCGUGGAUAAGCUAGAAGAGGAAGAUCGAAAGAGUAUUUCUGGGUCUAGGGACAAUAUUAAUCUAGUCGAAGGUUUCAUUGGGGAGAUAGAGAAGAAACAGGAGGAAUGUGAUAAAAAGAGGUGGUUUUAUACUAACAGCAGGGGGAAAAAUGUAUUCUUACUUGACGGCCUUGUAACACAGCUCAAUAAAUAUGCGAACAUAGGCGAUAUUGCUCUUCAGCACCAUCCUGAUGUUGUUUCACUGGCGUGGUCAGGCUUCCGAUUUCUUUUACAGGUUGGAACGGCCUACACAAAGGAUAUGCAGACCGCUUCGGAAAGCUUGGAAUACCUGCUGCGCGUAUUAUUCUGCUGCGAUAUCUAUGAAAAACUGUACUGUGAAACAGGUCUUCUUACAGUCCAGCCCCUUAAUACGUCGCUUGUCGAACUAUAUGUUUCCAUCCUGGAAUAUCUUUGCUAUAUCAAAAGAUUCCUCAGCAAGGAUACUGGAGAACGCGUACUCGCGAGUUUCGUCUCAGAGUUGAAGGGGCUGUUGAAGAACGUUCAACAGAAGGAAAGCACGGUAUUAUCAUAUGUCGACAAGGUCGAGAAAGAAGCAUCGGCAAUAGAACGAACUGAACGGAGGGAAGAAACGGAGAGGCUAAAAGAACAACUAGAAGACAUAAAGAAACCCCUUGAAGAGAUUGAAACCGCAGUAAAAAUGGUGUACGAGGCAAUUGAAAGGGAUAGAAAAUUGAAUAUUUUGCGCUGGCUAUCCGACAUCAAGUUUAUUGAUCAUCACACUUUUUCAAGGGAGCGUCGUCAGGAGAAAACUGGCCAGUGGUUAGAGGAAAAUGAAACUUACAAGGAGUGGAAGAAUUCUAAAUCUUCUUCACUUCUUUGGCUACGUGGGGACGCCGGAUACGGAAAAACUAUUUUAAUCUCCUACGUUAUUGACGAAUUACAAACUCAAGCUAAAAGCAAUGAAAACAUGUUAGCAUACUUUUAUUGCAAUUACAAGGAAGAUAACCGAAGGAGGCCAGAAACGGUUUUACGUACUCUCGUCAAACAGUUUUGUCUCAAAAGCCCCGGAGACCCGAAUUUUGUCCCACUGCCUGUCUCCUCAAUAUAUGUGCAACGGGAACGUGACGGUCAUGCGUCCGGUGAGUUGCGGUGCCAGGAAAGCACUGAUCUUAUCAUAAAUCUAUCGAGAAUGUACCAUCAAGUUACUAUCAUUGUCGAUGCUCUGGACGAAUGCUACAAUGAAACACGACGCGAGUUGUUCUUAUCCCUCAGGUCAAUAGUAAAAUCGGGGAGCAAUGUGAAGGUGUUUUUGGCAAGCCGAUUUGAGCAAGACAUAGCUCUUAUGUUUGAGGGCUAUAAAUGUCAUUACAUUCAAGCAUCGGACAACACUCAGGAUAUCAAUAAUUAUAUUGAUUUGCAGCUCAAUUUACAUUGUGAUGCCCGGAGAUAUGGAGCAGAAAAGCUUCUGCUUGAAGGAAAAGUUAACGAGGCGCUAAAGGAAGAGAUUCGCCACACCCUCAAAAUAAAGGCCAACGGAAUGUUCAUGUGGGUGAACCUACAGAUAUUAGCUCUUUGCGAGGAGCCAACUCCCGGUCUUGUUCGAAAGGCCCUUGAUCAAUUGCCAAAAGAUUUAAACGAAACAUAUGAUCGGAUCAUAGAGAAGAUCGAAGCAAAAGAAAGCUCUAAUAACACCGCAAAACUUGUGUUAAAGUGGCUGCUCUAUGCCCGAGAGCCAUGCACAGUUAAAACUAUUACACAAGCUCUUGCUGUGGGUGCUGGAGAGAAUCCGUUUGAUGAGGAUGCGCUCGAGUUGACGCCGUCAUACAUAAUUGAUUGCUGCAAGAACCUUGUUGUGGAAGACAGCGGACUUGGAAAACUUCGCUUCGCACACUUCUCGGUACAGGAGUAUUUGCUUAGAAACCCCAAGUUCAACAACGACCUCGGAAACCAUUCACACAUGGCAGAGAUCUGCCUGAAAGCGCUUCUCAAUCAUCAUCGAAAGCUCGAAACUCCAUGUAAGGUGGAGAAUCUCUUGGAUUAUGCAACGCAACAUUGGGGAGUACACGCACAGUUAUCAGGCUCUCCCCCCAAGACUAGUAUUUUCUAUAAACUAUGCAUGGGGAUUUUAACGCCGUCGAUAGCGUAUGACGAAUGGGUUUCUGAGGCCGUGAAUUAUGGCUUAGAUUUCAAAAAAUCAAUGGAUGGUUUUGUUUCUCCAUCGUGGGUCGCAUGUUAUUACAGGCUUUGUGAUUUCUCAAAUAUUACAAUGGUCUCGAAGGAAAUGUUAAACGAAUUAAAUACGGAUGGUCAAACACCACUCUCUUCGGCAGCGGGGCAGGGUCACGACGAGGUGGUAGAACUGCUCCUGCGGGACAGUCGAGUGGACGUCAAUCUGGCAGAUGACAGGGGCCAAACACCACUCUCAUGGGCAGCGGAGGGGGAUCACGACAAGGUGGUAGAACUGCUUCUGCGGGAUAGUCGUGUGGACGUCAAUCGGGCAGAUAACGGGGGCCAAACACCACUCUCAUGGGCAGCGGAGAAGGGUUGCGACAAGGUUGUAGAACUGCUUCUGCGGGAUAGUCGUGUGGACGUCAAUAUAGUGAGUAAAUCGGGCCGAACACCACUCUCAUGGGCAGCGGAUAUGGGUCACAACAAGGUGGUAGAACUGCUUCUGCGGGAUAGUCAUGUGGACGUCAAUCGGGCAGAUAACGGGGGCCAAACAGCACUCUCAUGGGCGGCAGAGAAGGGUCACAAUAGGGUGGUAGAACUCCUUCUGCGGGAUAGCCGUGUGGACGUCAAUCUGGUAGAUGACCUUGGCCGAACACCAUUCUCAUGGGUAGCGAGGAGGGGUCACGGUAAGGUGAUAGAACUGCUUCUUCGGGAUAGUCGUGUGGACGUCGAUCGGGCAGAUGAAAGGGGCCAAACACCACUCUCAUGGGCAGCGGAGGAGGGUCGCGACCAGGUGGUAGAACUGCUUCUGCGGGAUAGUCGUGUGGACGUCAAUCGGGCAGAUAACAGGGGCCAAACACCACUCUCAUGGGCAGUGUUGGAGGAUUGCGACAAGGUGGUAGAACUGCUUCUGCGGGAUAGUCGUGUGGACGUCAAUAUGGCGAGUACCUCGGGCCAAACACCACUCUCAUGGGCAGCGGAGGUGGGUCACGACAAGGUGGUUGAACUGCUCCUGCGGGAUAGUCGUGUGGACGUCAAUCUAGCAGAUCACAGGGGCCAAACAGCACUCUCAUGGGCAGCGGAGAAUGGUCACGACAAGGUGGUAGAACUGCUUCUGCGGGAUAGUCAUGUAGACGUCAAUAUAGCGAGCACCUCAGGCCAAACACCACUCUCAUUGGCAGAGAGGCAUGGUCACGACAAGGUGGUAGAACUACUAUCAUUAAAGGCUUCUAGUCGACCCACCAAUAACAUCAACGAGCAGAAGGGGGAUAAGCUUGCACCACCAUCCUCCGCAAGUACACCCGUGGAGUAG